CAAGCUAACGUUUAAACCAGCGCAGCGCUCUAAAUGUUGAUACAAAAAUGCAAAUUGUGUUGGAAAAUGGGAUAUUUUGUCACACAACUCAAAAACCCGAACUCGCAUUUUUUUCGUUCAAAUGGCAAACUAACAAGUAGAUAUCUAACUUUUGUCUGUGGAAAUUUCAGUUUGUGUAAACGAUAAUAACCUCUGUCAUUUUGUUUAAAUGAAACUCAAUUUUCUCAGAAGUUGUGUGGAGAACGCCGUCCAAAACCCGACGUUUGUGGCUCGCCGCAAUCUUUCAAACACCAUAACUCCAAUAUUCCGCGCUGCACAGUCUUCGUUCAACGAACGACAGAGGGGGUAAAAUACCAGCUAAAUGGCUAUGUAUAGCUUGAUGCUAUUGGUCCAUAUUUCCCCCUGUCUAUUUACUGAUAGAACUUGAAACGCUGCUUAUGAUUCGUCAAUAGUUGUGCACAAAACUAUGCUACACACGACGACGGAUGGACCAUGUCCAUGAGCAACGCAAACAUACGCCUAACUACACGAUAUGACAGAAACAAGAAAUAGGAAGAAAGUUGAUUACAAGACACUUCACAAUGGACCCAGACUGAAAGUGAUCAGAUGCCAAGAAAACAAAUGGUCGAAAAAUGAGUUGUUUAAACUAGUUGUUCUCGAUGAGCGUGUAGUAAAUGAUGGGAGCAGAGAGUACAAGGAGGUUUUGGUCCACUAUAGAGGUUGGCCCAGCAGAUACGAUGAAUGGCGGUUGGAGGAAGAUAUUGUAAACCUGGAUCACGAAGAUGAUGAUGCUUACAAAUUCUUCAAAAGUGACUUGCAGGUAAAGAUUAAAGAACAUCUAAACUGUUCAAGGGUGGAGAACUCUGAGAUCACUCUUCGCAUAUCGAUACAAAGAUCUAGUUUCAGAUCCUUUGUCCAGGACAUCAAAGCUGUUGCUGAUGGAAAGAAAUAUCGAGCAAAAAAGGAAAACAUUUCUUCUAUUCUUGAACCAAACUGGUGGUAUAGAAUCGUCAACCAAUCAGGAGAUUUCAGCUAUAUUGAUGGUUCAACCAUAAGACUCUGGUUGACUGAACGACGCUGCCUUGAGGAAUACACUCCAAAACUGACUAAAACUCUCAAGCACAGAGGAUACAUGUUUGUUUUCAGGUUUGUGAAGUUAAUGGGCAAUAAGGGUCAGCUGAAUAUUUUGGAGUAACUAAUUGGACUGAUGUCUCCAUAUUUUACAUUUUAUGUUUUAAUUAUUUUUUGUACCAUUUACUUUACCCCUAAGCAUAAGGUUGAUUGCCAUCCACUCAAUUUUGACGACUCUGUUGAUUGGGUUUUGGAGAUAAAUCUACUUGUCUUGCAUAAGCUGGUUAGAGAAAGUGAUUCGGUAUACCAUUCAAUCGAGUGUGCCCAAGAUGUGUUGGAUAAGAUUUGCAAAUUAAAUGGAAUUGAUUCAAAAUAUGUUGAAUUGCAAAAAACAUCAACAAGACUACUCAGUAAAAUAAAACACAUGCAAGCAAACCUAAAAGCAGCAUUGAAAAAAGGAGGUAGGCAAGUUUCUAGUCUUCUUAAGUUUUGGGAAAAUGAGAAGUACAGGCUUAAGUUAGGAGGUACUAAAAGGAAAGCACUUGAAGAGCUUCAGAAUGAAAAAAAGAAAAGAAAGAUUGCAGAGGGAAAAACAAAAGCAGCUUUGUUGAAGGCUAAAAAUGCUAAAAGGGAAGCAAAAAGGAACAAAAAGGAAGCCAAACAGACCAAACAAAUCGUGAACCGUUUGAUAAAGCGUAGAUUAAGGCCCACCAGGAAUGUUGCUUCAAAAGCUAAAUACAGUCGGCAGUGGGUAUCGAAGAACAAAAUCAAGACAACAGAAAGUGCUGACCUCAUUUGCAGCUUACUGCGUACAGGAGGACUUGAACCCCACAAACUUGUUUACAGUGACCAAUAUGGCAAUGUUGUGAACUGCGACUUUACACACGCUCCGCAAAAUCAUCAGCCAAGUGUAGAGCAGAUGUUAUAUCUUAAAGACAUGAGUUGUACUUCUGAUAAAACAUAUCAAGAAUUUGCAUUGACAAGCAAUGGCCUAUGGCCAUCUUUGUAUAGCAUAAAGAGAAAGGCUGCUGAACUGAACUCAAUGUUUAAUUUUCAGGUGCAUAAUGAACUCAGGGGUGUGACUCAACGUUUGGAAGAUAAACUAAUUCAAAGUGUAUCACGAAUGAAUGAUGCAGAGUUAAUAGAUGGAGGUACAGUUCAAAUCAAAAUCUCAGGGGAUGGGACAUCGAUAGGCUCCAGAAUUCCAGUGACCAAUAUUGCCUUCAGUAUAAUAACAAAAUUCAAUCAGAGUCAAAACUUCUUGUUAAUCAUUGCUAAGCAGCCUGAGAAGUAUGACUCCUUCAAGCCAAUUUUGGAGGCGGCCGGUCUUCUAGAUGAUGUACAGAAUUUGAAAGAACUUCACAUCCGCGGUAAAGUAAUCAAACCUGCAUUCUACAUGUGUGCCGACCUAAAAUUUCUGAAUGAGAUGUACGGACUUGGUGCUUGCUCAAGCAUUCACAGUUGUGUGUUUUGCAAGUGCCCCUCAGAUUGUUUUUAUGAUAUGUCUAAAGAAUGGUCAAUGCUUGACACGAUUAAAGGGGCCCGCACAGUUCAUGAGAUAAAUGAAAUGGCACAGUGGUCAGGCAGUAGGAAAAAGAAGUUCAAUUGUCUUCGUUCACCGAUUUUCAGAGCAAUAGACAUUAAGUUUAUAGUUCCCGAUCUUCUUCACCUGUACCUGAGAAUAUCUGAUCAGCUAAUAAGAAAGCUUUUACAAGAGCUAAGAACGAGGGAUAACCAAAUAAAAAACACAAAAUCUCACAAAAAUGAAACACCCAAAAUCGAAAACUUUGAAAAGUUUGUUCGUUCUAUAGGAAUCGAAUGGCAUUUCUCCACAGAUGCAAAAGAUGUCAUGAACUACCGAUGUUUUAUUGGGCCAGAACACAAAAAAAUACAGGAAAGAAUUUCUCUUGGUGAUAUGAUGCCCUGGCUAACCACACUACAAGAUGUGAUUAAGAUAUGGAAUGACUUUAAAAUUCUUAUGAGCAUGACAAAAGAUAACAUUCAGGGUGAAAAGCUAAUAAAAUUCAAAGAAUUGGCAAAAUCAUGGGUUACUUUCUAUGCCUCUACAUACCAGACCAAAGAUGUUACUUUGUACAUGCACAUCUUAGCGAUGCAUGUUGGAGAAGCAAUUCUACUUCAUGGAGGAUGCAUAAACCACUUCUCACAGCAGUCGUUUGAAAAGAUGAAUGAUCAAGUGAAAGAAAGUUUUUUCAAAGCAUCCAACCAUAAGGGAUUAGUAGCCUUUAAACAGAUAAUGCAGAAACAGAAUAGGAUAGAAAUGCUGUCCCCAACCUGUAGUAGAGAAAUCCAAAUGCAGUCAUGUUCAUGUUGUGGAGCUAGCGGGCAUAAUAUUAAAACAUGCUCAAUGGUCAGUAAAGGUUCUAUCCCAGAUUAAAGAUAAUGAAGAGCUUGUUGUGGCAUAACUUCUGCUCUAAAACUUUGAAGUUUUAGCUUGAUUUGAACUAAUUGUUGUGAGAUCCGAUAAAUGAACUGAGUACUUGUAUUACUUGUAAAUAUUGUAUUACAAGAGAGAUCUGGUCAAUACUUCAAACGGAUCCCUUGUUGUUGUCGCAGUUGUGAAUAAUUAUUACAAUGUUCCCUACACAAGUUAACGAAUAGUCAAUGUUUGCAUAACAAUUUACUCAUCUUGAUUUCAUUAAAAGCCAAUCCUAUGGCAUUUGUUUAAUUGUUUAUGCAGAGGUUUAUUGUACAGCCAGUUAAUCCUUUGAUUGGU